AUGUCAGAAGUAAAACAGUGGCUUAUGUCAAUUGGAAUACCAGGAAUAGAAAGAUUGGCGGAUGAGUUUGAAUCCCGGGGAUUUUCGACUCGCAAAUCCUUACAAUAUCUUCAAGACGGCGAUCUCGACUACAUAUUCUCGUCGCCAAAACGUUUGCUUCUAGCGGAGAAGCGAGCACUGGACCACGAACUGCGACAACUUAAGCUUAAAUCACAAGAACCUGGCAUUACUGCACAUUUAAUGCCAAAGCAGUUGCAGUUUAGCAGUAACGAACCACAAACUUGGCCAGCCGAAGGAGAGACGGCAACUGCGUCAAACUCAAGCAGUACUACUACACGCAAGAUCGAUUCUCCUCUAGACCGCCGUAAGCAAGAACUUGUUGAAAAUGUCAGUUUUUUGGAGGCACAGAUUUCAAGUGCAGAAGACCACUUGGCAAAGCUUAAAGGCGAAAAUGAUUUGCUCCAAACCGUUUCCCGCGGAAGAAUUUGUAGUCACUGUCAUCAGUCUGGCCAUAACAGAAACAAUUGCCGCGAAAUUGCAUGUGAUUCUCACACUAAAUGUAAAUUGAAAGACAAACAUCCAGAAGUGGGAAAAUCAAUCAGUGAAACUCAAAAAAUUCUAACUGUGCUAAGGAAAAACAAGGAAACGGCCAAGCAAUCUCUGGAGCAAUUUAUGUUACAGCUUCAGCGAUCGCGCGGGAAUUUUUUCGCCGUAAUGCGUCCACGCUUGAAACGCCUGAAUCCAGUAAAAUAUCUAAAUCGUCAAGAGCUUGAUAAAGAUCUGCUUUACCUUCAUAAAGCGCUUGAAAACAAAGUACCACCGGAAUCAGAGGAUUGGCGCUUACCUUACCUUAUUGACAAC